CCGCCCCUCACCGCCUGACGCCGCACCACAGCCCCUUUUUCAUUUCCACCUCCACAGAUCUCCAUUUUCUAGCUACCAGAUUUCCUAAGGCGGAAGACCGAACAAUUAGAAAGAUGAAUGAAGAAUAUGACGUUAUCGUGCUUGGCACUGGGCUGACGGAAUGCAUCCUGUCAGGCAUCAUGUCAGUGAAGGGGAAAAGGGUUUUGCACAUGGAUCGCAACUCCUACUAUGGAGCUGAGAGCGCCUCCAUCACACCUCUUGAAGAUCUCUUCAAGCGCUUCAACAUUCCCGGCAACCCCCCAGACUCAAUGGGAAAAGGCCGGGAUUGGAACGUGGACCUCAUCCCCAAGUUCCUGAUGGCUAACGGCCAGCUGGUCCGCAUGCUGCUGAUCACACAGGUGACCCGCUACCUGGAUUUUAAAGUGGUUGAAGGAAGCUAUGUGUACAAGGGAGGAAAAAUCCAUAAAGUCCCUUCUACUGAGACCGAGGCCCUAGCAUCGAGCCUCAUGGGAUUGUUUGAGAAGCGGCGCUUCAGAAAGUUCCUGAUGUUUGUCUCCAACUUUGACGAGAACGACCCAAAAACCAUGGAGGACGUGGAUCCUAACAAGACGACGAUGAGGGCCAUCUUUCAGAAGUUCAGCCUUGGGCAGGAGGUCAUGGACUUCACCGGCCACUCCCUGGCGCUCUACCGCACAGACGAUUACCUGGAUCAACCGUGCAUCCAAACAAUAAACAGAAUAAAACUUUACAGCGAGUCUUUGGCCAGGUAUGGCAAGAGCCCAUACCUCUACCCUCUGUAUGGUCUGGGAGAACUUCCACAAGGCUUUGCCAGAUUGAGCGCCAUCUACGGAGGGACGUACAUGCUGAACAAACCAAUAGAAGAGAUCGUGAUUGAGAAGGGGAAGGUGGUGGGAGUCAAGUCAGAGGGAGAGAUCGCAAGGUGCAAGCAACUGAUCUGUGACCCCAGCUAUAUAAUGGACCGCGUGAAGAAAGUGGGUCAGGUCAUCAGGGUCAUUUGCAUCUUGAGCCACCCUAUCGCCAACACGGGUGACAUCAACUCUUGCCAGAUCAUCAUCCCCCAAAAUCAGGUCAACAGGAAGCACGACAUCUACGUUUGUAUGAUCUCCUUUGCUCACAAUGUGGCCGCACAGGGUAAAUACAUCGCUAUCGUCAGCACCACAGUGGAGACAGGAAAUCCGGAGAAGGAGAUCAAGCCGGCUCUGGACCUGCUCGAGCCCAUUGAGCAGAAGUUUGUCAGCAUCAGCGACCAGUAUGAACCUGUUGACAUGGGCACUGACAGUCAGAUUUUCAUCUCCCGCUCCUACGAUGCUACGACUCACUUUGAGACGACCUGCAACGACAUCAAAGACAUCUACCGGAGGAUGACUGGCUCAGAAUUUGACUUUGCGGAGAUGGAGCGCGGAAAGCAGGACAUCUUCGGCGACGCUGCAGAGUAGAGACGACGCAUCAUCAAGCACCAACAGAAAUUCUACAAAAAAACAAAUUAAAAAAUGUACAAACCUGUGGGCCAACUGCAUAUUCACAGAGAGUUUGCCCAUCAUGAAGUUGAUGAUAUAUAGAGGUAUGAUAGAGUUUUAGGGUUCAGGGAUGGAACAAAGCUUUUUCAGAUCAUUCGUUGCACUAAACAUUGGAAAUGCCGAGUUGACAGUAAGACCCUACAGAUGAUGCACAAGUCCAAAGAUGCCAAAUCAAACGAGUCCUAAUCACUAAAACAAGACGGUAUUUGUGAAGAGGGGUGUUAGACUUUCUGUCGUGUAAAAGUUUCUAUCUGCAAAUUCUGUGUUUUGUUUGGAAAGCUCUUCUUGUUGUCUCAGAUUGAGAAGGACUCGGCUUUGUCCUUUUGUAUUAAAUCAUGUAUCUGUUUCUGGGUUCUGGUAAUUAUAGCAAAAUACAGAUUGCAGCACAUCACAUGGUCAGAUUUUGUGAAAUAAAGUGAUUUACUGUGGGCUAUUUUCAUAUGUAUAUUUUUUUACUUGGUAAUGUCAUCAAAUCCCUGCAGAUGAAUCUGACGAGCCACAGCAGCAAACUGUACCUGAACCUGAACUUCCUGCUCAACAGCCUGACUUACAUUAUCGCAUUAAAGAGUCCUUAAUUCCUGUGUUGUAAUAAAUGAUGGGAGACCCAAACAUUACCAGCAGAUGUGGUUCACUGUAAUUGCUUAAAGAAGGACCAAAUGUGUGCUGCAGCAGUGAUGAAUUGAUUAGAGCCCUGACAUGCUGUAACGAAAAGCAUCUGUAAGGAGACUUGGGCUCAAAUGAUUUCUGUACUGCAAAGUAAAGGAAACGGAAAGCC